ACCUUUUGAUCUAUGUAUCCUGCGACCACUUUGAUGAUCACGAAAAACCAAAACAUGGCGCUUUCCACGUCGUCGGAACUAAUCAAGCGUUGCGGUCAAAACGGACAUUUUCUAGUCUUUUUGAAACUUAACAUUUGGUGAAACUCACCAUGGAUCGGUCUUUGUUUGAGGGGGCGGUAAAACUGCAUGGUUUGAAGUUGGACCGCUUGGUGAAAGAAGAGCAAGGGGCGAGUUUCCUUGACGAUGUGAAAGAAAUUAACGUUACCGAAGAUGUAAUGGGCGCCCUCAACGAUGAGAAUACUAAAUCAAAGGGACUGCCAAUUUCUUCUGUAAUUGUAAAAGUUAAAGCUGAGAGGAAAAGAAGCAGAGAUGAAAAACUCGGAGACGACUUCACAAACAAACUACACGGCUUCAUUGCAAAAAAGGCUGACCUGCUAUUUAGACAACAAAACGAUGAUGAACAUGAUGAAGAUGCAAUCGCUGAUAAAAUUCCAUCAGCAAAAGACGCUGAGAAAUUGGACUACUAUGCAAUCCUCCCUCCGUUAGAGCAGUUUCUGGAAGUCGAUCCGGAUGUUUCCCAAGAGAGACUCUUUGACAUUCUCAAAGUAGGUGAUGCCGUCGUCGGUCAAAUCCUCAGCACGAAGAAUUUUGGCAUCUUCGUCAAGCUCCUGGCUCUGUGCCAAGAUACGCCACGCUUCCUGGACGAGUGUGAGGUCGUCGCUUUACUGCCAACUGGGGAACUGAGGGACAAAUUUUCCCACGUGGCAUCCAUCGACGAUUUUCAAAUUGGCGACCUCCUGCGAGCGUUAGUGAUCAAGGUCAACGCUGAGGAGCAGAAAGUCAUCAUUUCUUUGCAUGCCAAAGACGAUUCUCAAGAUGUUGGAAGCUUGGGCCUCAUCACAGAAUCAGAGCUUCCGGUUUACUACCGUCGCAGCGUGCUGCAAAUAGACACUCAAGAGGCGUACCAAGACAUGCUGCAUAACUCCGUCGGGUUCGACAACCCUUUCAAUGUGGCAUACCUCGGGGACAAACUUGGGCUGAAAGACACCUGCCCAUUGUCCCUCAUGAGAGGCUUACAAAGGAGUAACUUCCCGGAGAAGGAGUAUGCAGAACCGCUCAGAAAAUGGCAGACGAAUCGUUGGUCAAUGGAGAGUGUUGCUAAAGGAGUAGAGCAUUUCAAAGCUGGUCGGUUACUUGACGCCAUGCAGCAUCUCAACAAAGCCUUGGAGAUUGAUGAGGAGAACGUGGAAGCGCUAGUGGCAAGAGGAGCUCUCUAUGCAAACAAAGACCUGCUUUCCAAGGCUCUCCAAGACUUUGGUAAAGCACUCAAGAUCAAUCCCAACCAUCGCAACGCCAACAGGUACAUGUGCCAGACUCUCGUCGAAAGAGGAAAACAGCACGAGGAAGCUGGAGAAAAAAAGAGGGCAGCCGAAUGUUAUCAGACGGCCGUCGACAUCAAGCCAGAUUUUCUAGAAGCACAGCUUUGCCUGGACAACAUCAAUAAAACACGGAGGCCUGCAAAAAAGGUCACCUCACCUACAUCCAUCUCGUCCCCCUCCCCUAACUCACCUGAGGUUAAGUUGUCAGUAGCAGCCCUCCGACAACUAGUUGAUCCUGAGAAUGAGGUCUCAAAGUCGGCCAAGAAAAGCACUGUGAAAACCAAGAAGAAGAAGAAAAGGAAAGAACAUGAAAAGGACAGAUCGUCCAGGAAGAAGGAUAAAGAGGACAAACAAGGAAGGAGUCAAAGCAGAUCUGUCAAAAAGGAGGGGAGGUACUCCAGCCCUGAGUCUUCCGAAACUCCAAGCGCGAGGUCAAGAAGUCGUAAUAGAAGUGGUAAAAAGGAUUCAGGAGAUGGGAGAAAAUAUGACAAGUCGCUCUCAAGAGAGAGCAAGAAAGAAGCCAAAAGGAGAGUAAGCAGGCAGUCUGCGUCUUAUUCCAGAAGCAGCAGCUCUGAUAGGUCCCGAUCUCAGAGUUUGAGAUCAAGGAGUCACCAGCUGAGUGGAAGGAAGGCUUCCAAACAUGCUAAGAAACGAAAAGGCAGGCGGUCUUCUUCAAUCUCAAGGAGCAGUAGCUCUGGUAGUUCUCAAUCCCCUCGCUACAGAUCUAGAUCAAGAUCCAAAAAUCGGCACCUUAUAGCCAGUACAAAACAUACAAAAUCUUCAUCCAAGAGAAAGUUGGAGGUAAAACCAACAGGUCGGCACUCUGUGUCAAGAAGUAGGUCUCGCUCACCAUACACAGUCAGUGAAAGCUCUUUGUCUCCUCAGAGGUCCAAAUCUAGAAGUCUUGACCGUAGCAGAAGAAAGAGUAGGACAGAAGAGCGAGGCAGCAGAAGUACUAGAAAUGAAUCUAAAACUACUGGAAGAAGUCCCUCUCAUUCCAUAUCUCCAGGAACCAGACAUAGAACUCUUUCUGGAGGUUCUAAAGAAUCAAGAAGUAGUAAAACUGACUCUAUGAAAGCACAUGGUGGACACUCGUUGGUUAAGAAACUUAAAGCAGCAUCGGGUGUUCGAGAAACAAAAGAAAGUAGCCAAUCAAGAUCCAAGUCAGAUUCCAGACAGCACUCUUCCAGAACAGAUGAUAGAGAAGACAAUCCCACAGAUGGGACAUUCAAAAGUAAAAUGAACAAAAAUCUUGAGACAUCCACCGUGAAAAGUUCCUCUCUAAAAAGAAAACAAGAUGUACAUGAUGUUUCAGAUGAUGACAAAGCUUCUAGGAGACUCAAAAAGAGGGGAGAAUUCCAGGAAAGUGAAGAACUUGACAAAGUGAAACUUAAAGACGGCAAAUAUAGGCACCAGUCUACAACUGAAACCGGAGAAAGGGCAAGGGUGGAAAAGAAAAGGACAGGUCUAGACAGAAGGUGCACUCACUCAGACACAGAAAGUAGCAGUAAAGAGAGUGAUAAGGAUCAGAGUAAGAAGCAUCUUAGGAAAACUGCUUCUCAGCACUCUUUCCAUUCUACCUCAGAUAGAUCUAAAAACAGUGCACAAAGCUCUCAAGGUGCAAAGUCCCAUGACAGAAGAGGAGACAGAAGACCAAGCCUUGGAGAUCACCAUCGUCGAAGUAGAUCCAGGAGCUUCUCAUCAGAUGGAAGCUAUUCGAACUCAAGCUACUCCAGUUACAGUGUAUCUGGAAGCCGCUCCUACAGUUACAGUAGCUACAGCAGCUCAGGGUCAUACAGCGACUCGGAUGACAGUCGCAAGGACUCUAGACAUAAGUCUGACAAAUCAAAGAGCUGCUUUAAGCAAACCAACAAACCUGCAUCGAAAUCAAAGACAUCCGAAGUGAGAGAAGACAGAUAUAGAAAUGAACCAGGCAGCGAUGAAGAAGAUGACAGUGAUAGCGAUGUGGAUACCGGUAUCUAUGAAAUCUCCAGGGACCAUCUGGAAAUGUAUAUGGACAGCAAGAGCUAUCAGCUCAAGAAGGAAGAUGAUGUUUCACCCCUGAAGCGGAAGAAGAGAUUGAGAUCAGAUGAGGAUGAAGUUGUGAGCGACAAAAAGAUAAAGCCUGAAAAGAGGAGAGGAAAAGAGACUUCUGACGAUGACAAGAAGGAAAAGAUAGCUUCCUUCUCGCAUGGAAAAAAGGAGUCACAAAAGGGAUCCAGGUCAGAAGCUGUCCCUCCUCCAAAAGGUGAUUCUAAGGUUCCUGUAAAUGUACAUCUGCCUCCUCCAUCCAGGACUGUGGCCACCGUCAGUUCUCUCAAAGAAAGUUCCCACGCAGCUAGUGUUUAUUCAUCUCUUUUGCCUGCACCCAACCGGGGUUUAGAACCUCAUAUACAAGCAGUCCAGCAUCAGUCACCAGGUCCUAAUGUCGGCAUCGCUCAGUCAAGAGCUCCAAUUAUUGGCCUCAACCAGUCGGCUAAAAGGAAACAAGAAGUUGAAGAACAGCCAGCAGUACUUGACAGAUUUCCACAUAUAGCUGGAAGAGCUGAUACGAUCCAUCAGCAGCAGCAGCAUUCAGUGUCUGAAAACCAACAGCCUUUCACCUCUGGAUCGAAGGGCCAUAGAUCAGGACCAGCUGGUAUGUCUCUCCAGGAUAAAAUAAUAACCUCUCACAGAAGUUCAACUGGAAGGGCUUACGAGGUGGAACCCUCUCAAACAUUUACUCCGGAACAGUUAUCUGUCUUAGAUUCUAUUUCAAAACAGCUGGCCCAAACUCGUCAAGAAACUUCACACGCAGCCUCUUCAGAGAAGCCUGUUGAUGCAAACCCUGCACAGUACCAUCAAAAACAUGAAAGAGAUCAAGUUCAAGGGUCAUCAGAGGUCACAAAUCCAGUACAGGGUCAUCAAAUAGGGGUCAUUAUGACUCAUCGGUCCAGUGAUAUAUUUGGGCAAAGCGAUAACCAUCAGGAAACGUUUGAUGGAACCAAUCCGUCUUUUGAUGAUCACCACGCCAGAAAUAGAAGAGGUACUGGUAGAUGGGACGUCAAGAUACCCGAAGACGGAGGUUUUGAUUCUGGACAUCUAGGAGGAAGUGAGUUUUUCUUUGCUGAUAGUAAACCCAUCCCGAUUUCAAUUGACUACCAACAUGGAAAAGACAUCAGCUCCUCCUUUGACAUUGAACCUGAAGAUUAUCGGGAGAGAGAGGCAUUCGUUUCAGGCUUGCCAACAGGCUCUGUAAGACACAUUCAGACACAUGGCAUGGAUUGUACAGGAGGCAGUGCGCUUGAAAUAGAAAAACUGAUCAAGGAAUCACGUGAGCACAGUUGCCAAAUAAGUGAGGAUUUACCGAGACACAGAGGUCAUCACAGUAGCAGAGGUGAAAGGUCACGUGACAGGCCGAGGGGUGAGAGUUCAGAUUUUAGGACUUAUGGCACAAGACAUGACCACAGUGAAAGCAAAAAUGUUGAUGCAAAUAAAAGUGCCUCUAAGGUCCCCGUUGUUGAUUAUCAGCAUGGACAGAGUGGCAGUUACCAUGAGAGACAGAGAUGUACGAGUGAUGAGAAGAUGGAUUACAGAUAUGAGAGAAGACAUCAUGACAGAGUCGGUGGAAGACACCCUGGAAAUCACAGAUCUGCACCCGAGAGACAUCACCACAGAGGCCCCAGGAGUUAUGAGCAGAAAUCGGUAGACAGACCCUAUCAUGAGCGAGACCGGCACGGCAACACACAGAGAGACAGACACCACAGCAGAUCUAGUGGCACACACGGUGGCAGACGCCAGAAGAGUGCAACGCCAGUGGAGCCGAAGGAGAGCAACCCCUUCCUCCAGCUUGUUUCCUCCACUAAGGACAUGCAGGUUGCGUCGCUGCACAGCGAGGGAAAAUGGGGGCCAGACUCCAGCCCAGAAGAUAUGAAAUCAUCAUCUCGGUCGUGGUGGUUGUGAUUUUACAUCGCUGAAAGUUUAGAACCUCAUGAGAAGAGAUUCAGAAGCUACUCCAAGCUUUGGGAGAAGACUUCCGUGAAAAUGUGAUCGAUUGAUGGCGGCGAUAUCUUCCCCAAAACUUGGGAUUAGCUUCAGAGUCUCUUCCAUUGUUCUAGUCAAAUCCAUCACAAAUCUGGAAGUCCAGUUACAAGAAUGACAUGUGAUGGACAAUAACAAAGAAUUUAUUUUGUCACAGUUCAU